UAUUCUGAGGAUGAAUUGGACCAUUUACUCUCGACGAAAAUUUUUUAAAAUUAUUUUCCUGUUUUUAAUUGAUGACUAAUUACUCUAUUUUGCAUAAAAAUAUUUUUACGUACACAUUUUUAUUUAUUAUUCUUUCGAGAUUCGAGGCAACGUGUUAACAUUUUUACCAAAAUCUGUACGUGCUUCAGUUUUAGGCCUUUUAAGGCCGUGAGCGAGAAUUUCCAUUUUUGCGUGACAUUUUUCUCGCGAUGGAGAUAAAUAUAGAUUCUCGCUUACGGAUUCCAUCAGAAUUAAACUUAAAAUGCGUGGGCAUGAAGUGUUUUUUUCGCUUUUGACCGGACCAAUUUUAAAUUGUUCACACAAGGAAAUUAGUGUAAGUCUUCAGUUGGACAAAAAUCAGCCGAAGUCAAGAUUUCUUUAAAUAGCGCUGUAAAUUUUUCCAAUUUUGACCCGACUUCAAAAAUGAAAGAACCUUUCUGCACACAAUUACAUUGUGCAAAAGAAAAAUCAUCUUUUCAAAACCUUUUAAUUUUUCAAAAAUUUCUGGUUUGUUACAUUUUUCAAAAUUUUGAAAAUUGAUCAUAAUUUAAAAAUUUGUGCGAGGGAAAAACACGUCACGCCCACAAAUUUUAAGCUUAAACAAAAUUAUGUAUGAUGGAAUAUGAGAAUCUGUACUUUCCUCCCUCCCCUCGUGAGAAAAAUUUCACGGUAAAAAUGAAAAUUCUCGCUGACUUAGUCAAAAUUUCUUUUAAACUGAGUAUUAUGAAAAAUCCUGAAACACGUUUUUAAUGAUUUAUCUAAUGCUACAUAAUUUUCGUGGUUUCGUCAAAAUCGGAGCGAGACCGCUGGCAUUGUUAGUUAAAUGACCCCCACUGACCAACCACUUGACCAAUCAUGCCCAACGUAGAUUGGAUAUCUAGCAUUGGAAUACUGAUUUCUCAAAAUCGUCAUAUCGAGCUGAAAUGUUGCUUACGUGACUUAUCCUUAAUGGAAGAAUAUGGAAUGAAAUUGGUAAAUUUUUUAUCUGGAGCGACUCUAUGGGGUGACGGGUGACCCAUCCAAAUUGCUGUAAAAACAUGAAAUCCGGCAUGGUGAUACUUAAUGGCUUCUUAUGAAUGAAUAUAAAGUUAAAAGUGCAACCAGAGUGACCCUGGAGGCUGACCCAUACCGUUUUGAAACGUUAUUAUUUCAUCUGAAAUUUGAUAUGGGGAUAAAAACCACUUCUGGAUAGCACACCCAGCUUUGGAAGUUCAAGAUGUUAAAGAUUUUUAUGCCAAAUAAUAGAAAAUCUAACAAACAUUUAGCUAUCCACAACAAGGAGUUUGGUAAUAUUAUGUCGGUCAAUUCGGAGAAAAAUUUAGAACUCUGACUCAAUGGACUCUGUCCCUGACUCGGCUAUAUGGAGUCUUCCUGCACGCACUGUAGAUUUUUAUUUUGUAUUUUAAUUUAUUAUUUAAUUUCUACGUUCUAAUGUGCCGCACAAGCAGUUUACGUAAAAGUAUGAAUUUGUGGAAUUUAUGUACAGACAGACAGACAGACACAUGGAUACACAAGGCUGGAUAUUAUAAUCCAGCUUUUCAAAAAAUGAAAAUUUCCAUUUUUUCCGAGUUACGGCCGAACCCAGAAACACCGGCGUAGCCGUUAGUGAUUGAAGAAUCCUGUCAUAAACCAGCAAAAUUUAAAAAUCAAAUCGAACCAAUUAAAAAUUUUGCACAUUUAAAUUAUGAAAAUGCCAUUUUUAACGCAAACACACAGUCAAACAUAAUUAUAAUAAUCAUGCUAUUGAACCAAACUAUAUAUAAAACCUAAAUUCAAAAUCAAUCAUUUUAUACGAUGCGAUGGUUUCGCCUCAGUGCGAUCCUCUGUGUAUCGAUCACGGUCUUGAUGGCAGUGACCUUCGCCGCAGUGAUCGUUUCGAUGUGUACAAACGCCUCCCACACAAAGGCCAUGGAUUCGGACCCAUAUUACAACGGCACCCUGGGCAUCUACAUUAUCAUAAUUAUCGUCCAAGUCUGCUUCAUCUCGUCCUCCUUCCUCGCCUACUACGUCUCCUUUAUCAACUGGCGAAACAACUAUCAAAUGGAUCACUCCGUUCGUCGAAAGUUCAUCAUGUGGAUGUUCAUGUGGAGCGUGUUUGCCUUGCUUGACUUGGGCGUCGCUAUUUUCGCCAUCGUCAGAGGAAAAGAACCGCAAGAAGAGAUGGCCUCCUUGUACGAGACUUUCUCCAAGUAUAAUCAGGAUACAAAAUUUGUAGGGCAUUUUGAACGGUAUCAACGCGAGAACGGCUGUUGCGGUGUGUACGGUCCGGAUGAUUGGCUCAUGGUACAACUUCGAUCCGGAAUGGGGGGUGGUGGUGGAGGGGGAGGAUUUCAAAGUCUUGACUAUGGAUUUCGGCAAAACCCCUCCACCGGAAAGUGUCACCUCACCCCGCCCACAAUUCCGAUGGGGUGUGGUCGCAAAAUACUGGAAGAGCUCCACAUCCAAUUGGCAACUUAUGCCGGACUGAUGAUCCUGCAAACUCUGGCGGCUCUAGCGGCCGCGUGUUUUGCGGGGUACUCUUUUUUCUACUGGUUGGAGAAGGAAGUGAUCGUAAUUCCGGAGGACGAGGUGUCCAAUCUGAUCGUUCUGGAGCCUGAGAGCAGUACGUCGGUUGUGACGGGGGCGUCGGGGUAUUAUGGUGAGGGUCCAAAUUCUGGGUCUGGCUUCUACCCGGGGGGAGGAGGUGGAGGAGAGUAUCUUCAAGGCGGGUCGAGAGGUCCGUCUUACAUGGGUGGUGGUGGGAGUGGAUCGAGGGGUCCGUCCUACAUGGGAGGAGGUAGUGGCAGUGGAAGUUAUCGGACGCCGACAAAUAUGCCGACGGGAUAUUAUCCAGGACUAGUGGCGAGUAAUGGGACGCAAAAGACGGCAGGGGGAAGUGGAGGGGGUGGGGCGAGUGGGAUGGGUGGCGUUGGUGUUGGUGUUCCUCCGGGGACGAUGCAAACGAUAAAUGGCGUCCCACCUCCGCCAGGAUCGGGUCAGAUGGGACUGGCCGGAGUGCCAACGACGGCAGGUGGCGUCCCGGGCGGCAGCGGCGGUCCUCCACGUGACGCCACAUUAGCCAUGCUAUCCGCUGCAGGUCCUUUCGACGCUGGAUCACGACCGAUGGGUGCGUCGAAUCGCAUCGGUUCUGGAUCAAGUCGCAACACGUACAACUACCAAGCCCCACCCGGAGCCCAGCAGUCGAUGCGAGUCUCUCGUCGAACCAUGAUGCGAGGAGCAUCCGGUGGGGGUCCUCCUCCCCCCAUGGUCGUAUCCAAACCCCAUUCAGCCAACCAUAUGCUUCACGCUCAGGAAAGAGCACUGGGAGGCAAAAUACUCGGCGAGAUGCACGUCGACCAUAAGAAGGACCCCGAUAAUGUGGGCAACAUUGCAGACGAGGCGAUGGGAAAGCAUGGUCACAGAGCACACCACGCCACCGUGGCGAUCGUUCGGAAUAAGAAGCCUCCCAAACCGAAAAAACUGUUUGCCGACUCGUUUGGAUCAGGAUCUGGUCAUCACGGUCAGACUGGUCAUUUGGCCGAGGACAUUGCAGAAAUGACUGGAAAUCCGGACAUAAUCCGGCACAAAGUUGAUGACGUCGUUCUCCCAGUGGAGCACGGUGGGGGUGGUCAGAUCCCUCGAGGUGGAUACUUGAAGGCCCUCACAGCCCGAAGGAAGGAAGAGGAGUUGAUUGAAGAGCAGGCAAAACGAGGCCGCGGAGGUACAGGAUCUGUUUCUGGGAUGGACGCGCAAAAUAUUUUGUCCAGUUUUCUAGAACCGGUGGCCGUGGCGCAUGCAAAUAAUCACUCGUUGGAGCAGGAAGCCACUCCCUUGAUACAAGCACACACUCCAAGUGGGGUAAUAGUUCCGGUGAUAGGGUCACAUCAGGAUGCCCACUAUUUAAAUCCGGAGGCCGGAUCACAUGAAAAGGCGCACUAUUUACACAAUAGCGGAGAACAUCAACAAGCGCAUUAUUUGGGGGCAGGGUCACAUCAGAAUGCUCACUAUUUGGGGGCUGGAUCUCAUGAAAAUGCUCACUACUUGGGUGCAGGGUCACACCAAAAAGCUCACUAUCUUAACCCAGGGUCACACCAGAAUGCUCACUAUUUGGGGGCUGGAUCCCAUGAAAAUGCUCACUACUUGGGUGCAGGGUCCCAUCAGAAUGCGCACUAUCUCAACGCCGGGUCACGUACCGGUUCCCAUCAGCAUGCCCACUAUUUGAAUGACGGUGGCGGUGGUACUAGGAAAGGGUCACAUCAAAAUGCCCACUACUUAAACCAUGGCUCCCAUCAGCAUGCCCACUAUUUAGAGAAUGGCGAAAAAGGUCAACACCAACACGCUCACUAUAUCAACGGCACAGAGGCAGGUCACCACGGGAAUGCGCACUACCUCAAUGCAGGGUCGCAUCAAAACGCUCACUAUCUCAACGGGGAAAAAGGUCAACAUCAGCACGCCCACUAUAUUAAUGACCCCGAGCGAGGUCAACACCAACAUGCCCAUUAUAUUAAUGACCCCGAGCGAGGUCAACACCAACAUGCCCAUUAUAUUAAUGACCCCGAGCGAGGUCAACACCAACAUGCCCAUUAUAUUAAUGACCCCGAACGAGGUCAACACCAGCACGCCCACUAUAUUGAUGACACCGAGCGGGGUCAACAUCAACACGCCCACUAUAUUAAUGACCCCGAGCGAGGUCAACACGAGCACACCCACUACGUUAACGACCCCGAGCGAGGUCAACACGAGCACACCCACUACAUAAACGGCGAAACCGAAACUCAGGGUCACAGUCAUGACAGAGGUCAGCACGAAAAUGCCCACUACAUAAAUCAGGAAGCUCACCACGAACGGGGUCAGCACGGCCACGCCCAUUACCUUGAGCGAGGUCAGAAUGCCCAUAAGCAUCAAAAAAACAAUACUCGAGGGUCUCAUCAGAAUGCGCACUAUCUCAACGACGAGGGUCGUCAUCGCCACGAGCAUGAACGAGGUCAACACGAGCACACCCAUUACCUCGGAAGUCAGGGUACGAGUCGACAUAACAAUUCUAAAACCGGCAGAGGUCAUAAAGGUCAACAUGAGAAUGCCCACUAUAUUGAGAAAGUACGAGAAACAGAACAAGGCAGGUCACGAUCACGGCAUAAUAAUUCCGCCGGUGGGGGAAUCCCGUCCGGUACGACGCGAACUAUUCGGACCGGUUUUCUCGGAGGGCCGCACGGAACAAAUGAAAUAUUCAAUCAUGAAAUGCACGGAACUCGCAAGGGGAACGAGUUUGAUCGUGCCACAAACAAAUGGUCCGUCCGAACUGUGGUCCUUUUCAAAAAUCCUAACCCAUUUGGAGACGAAGAUGACUAGUAGCAAAUUGAAGAAGAAGGUCUUAAAUUAAUUUAAAAUGAUUCAGAAUAGCUUAAUUUCCAAAUGUCAAAUUUUAAAUCAGCAACAAAAUAAAUGUGAUUAUUUAUGCGAUCAUGUAUGAAAUGGAAAAACUCUAGUAUGCCACCCGUGGGUGCCGUAUUGGGUCAUACGAUAUAUCAUUUUCUUAAGUUCGACGAGCUGAACCAUAAUAUCCAAACCAUUUAGUGCGGAAAUGACCCAUUCAAAAGUUAUAAAGGUCAAAGCUUUAAAAUUUUAUUGAAUUUUGGACGCUUCAGAGAAUGACUGAUAUAAUUUUGAGAAAAAUCAUUUUACAUUCUGGCCAAAAAUGUCGCAUUUCAUACUCUCACUCGCACUCUCAGACUCAUAA